AUGUCUUUGAAACAGCGCAAUACAACUGGUAACAAGUUCAUUGACGAAGUGAAUGGGACAAAGAGAAGUGGAGAGACCAAGGAAUUGUAUGCUCAAACGGGAGAAACUUGGGGUCGUGAUCGAGAUAUUAGCAUAUGGAAUUUGAUUUUAUCUUCAUCAAUCUUAUUUGGCACUCCAUUUGUUGUUCUUUACUUUUGGAUAUCAUGUACACACUACGAAUGUUCACUUUAUGAGCCGAUAAGAUAUAUAAUAGAUCAUGAUCACGCGACUUCUGCUGUAAAGGAAGCCUUAUUUGAUAAACUUCCUCAAUAUUCUUUGUACGGCUUUAAAAUUUAUUUUACAUGGCUCGUGUUUCAAGCAUUGUUAUAUGCAGUGUUGCCUGGGAAAAUUGGUUAUGGGCAACAGACACCCGCUGGUCAUAUUUUGCCUUAUAAGGUCAAUGGAUUAUUGGCUUGGACUAUUACACACAUCUUAUUUCUCGCAGGUGCUUUCUAUUUUGGAUGGUGGGAUGCUUCGAUAAUUCAUGAUCAAUGGGGCCCAUUACUAGUAGCAGCCAAUAUCUACGGAUAUUACCUUACUUUCUUUGUGUUCUUAAAGGCCUACGUGUUUCCCACGCACCCAGAAGAUCGUAAAUUUUCGGGACAUAUGUUGUACGAUUUGAUGAUGGGAAUCGAGUUGAAUCCAAGGAUUGGGAAAUUGUGGGAUUUUAAGUUGUUUCACAACGGUCGACCUGGAAUUAUCGCGUGGACUUUGAUCAAUUUAUCGUUUGCAGCUGCGCAAUAUAAUAAAAUUGGAUACGUGACCAAUUCAAUGGUUUUGUUGAAUAUUUUGCAUGCAACCUAUGUAUUGGAUUUCUUUUAUAACGAGGAUUGGUAUCUUCGAACAAUUGACAUUGCACACGAUCAUUUUGGUUACUACUUAGCUUGGGGUGAUACUGUGUGGCUUCCCUAUAUGUAUACCUUACAAUCACAUUAUUUGGUACGCAAUCCGGUUGAUCUACCAAUCCCAUAUUUUAUAUUGGUGGCCACCAUAGGAUUCACAGGUUAUUACAUCUUUCGUGCCGUCAACAAUCAAAAAGACAUUGUACGUCGCAAAAAAGGCGAAUGUAAAAUUUGGGGUAAGCCUGCCACGUAUAUCCCAACCAAAUAUGUCACAAGUGAUGGAAAAGUUCAUGAGAGCAUUUUGAUAACAAGCGGGUUUUGGGGUUGGUCUCGUCAUUUCAAUUACGUUGGCGAUUUACUUAUUUCUUUGGCAAUGUGUUUAACUUGUGGUUUCCAGCAUCUUUUACCCUACUUCUAUAUUGUUUAUAUGUUUAUUUUGUUGGUACACCGCAUUUAUCGAGAUGACAAGCGUUGUCGUGGCAAAUAUGGAAAGUAUUGGGAAGAGUAUUGUCGCGUCGUUCCUUACAAAUUAUUCCCA